UCUGAGUCAGUCAACCUAAACACUGCGACGAGUGUCUCCUGUCAGUUAUCCCCUGAGCUCCGAUGCAGAUGAGCAAUCAGACGUAGAGCAGAAAGGAGGCACCUUUUGCCUUCUCUCCGCCCUGUUUCUGCGGAAUCAGAAAGUGAGAGAUAAUGGUGAGAACUGCGACUAAAAGUGUCCUCUCACAGAGAGAGAGAGAGAGAGAGAGAGAGAGAGUCACUGUAAAGAGAGCGAGGAGGAACGAUGGCAACAUAACCCCAUAAACUUUUCCCAAGUGAUUCAGUCACUUUUAGUAGCGGAAGAGCGAUUCCUUGUUAUUUAUGCCGAGCUUCUUCUUCUGAUUCUUUCCCCCGGCAGAGCUCGACGAAGACGAGCGAUUAGAACUGAGGCAAAAAGGAAGCUCCUUCGCUUGUUUGUUCCUGAGGAUUUCUUGGACAAGUUUUUUCUUUGCUUCUUCUUCUUUCUCACGCAUCCCAUGCGAUUUGGUGGCUCCCAAAGGGGAAUUUGAAGACAAGGCAGCAAUCGUCGAGAUCGAUGGAUCGAUGUUGUCGGGUGGUGGAAGGUGUUAUGGGGUGAGACGAGUGAGGUGGAGGCGCUUAUGGACCUGCUCAGAUACUGCUGGGGGCCGUCGUUAGCUCACUAUGUCAACUCGGGCUCCGACGCCGUCGGGCGGCGGGACGGGCUGCUCUGGUACAAGGACUCAGGGCGGCACGCGUGCGGCGAGUUCUCCAUGGCCGUCGUCCAGGCCAACAACUUGCUCGAAGACCAGAGCCAGAUCGAGUCAGGGCCGCUGAGCUCGGGUGAGUUGGGCUUAUAUGGCACAUUUGUCGGGAUCUAUGAUGGGCACGGUGGUCAGGAGACCUCGCGGUAUGUCAACGAUCAUCUGUUCCACCAUCUCAAGAGAUUUGCGUCGGAACAGCAGACGAUCUCUGUUGACGUUAUUCGAAAGGCGAUCCAAGCUACAGAGGAGGGGUUUUUAGCUCUGGUCGCCAAACAAUGGCCUGCGAAGCCUCAGAUUGCAGCUGUGGGUUCUUGCUGCCUGCUCGGCAUAAUCUGCAGCGGAACACUAUACAUUGCCAACCUUGGGGAUUCUCGUGUUGUUUUGGGGAGGCUUGUGAAGGCAACCGGAGAAGUUCUUGCUGUACAAUUAUCGGCAGAACACAAUGCAGGAUUGGAGUCAGUCAGACAAGAAUUGUGUUCUCUGCAUCCGAAUGAUCCUCAAAUUGUAGUCUUAAAACACGAUGUUUGGCGUGUCAAAGGCCUCAUUCAGGUUUCUAGGACGAUCGGAGACGCAUAUCUCAAAAGGGCAGAGUUCAACAGGGAGCCUCUGCAAGCCAAGUUUUGCCUUCAAGAACCUUUCAAGAAGCCAAUACUUAGUUCUGAACCCUCCAUUUCUGCACAACCGCUGCAGCGAGAAGACCAGUUCCUUAUAUUUGCCUCCGAUGGCCUUUGGGAGCACCUAAGCAAUCAGGAGGCAGUCGACAUCGUUCAACACCAUCCCCGCAGCGGGAGUGCCAGGAGGCUGGUUAACGCUGCACUGCAAGCAGCCGCAAAGAAGAGGGAGAUUAGGUGCUCCGACCUUGAGAAGAUCGAUCGAGGGGUUCGCAGGCACUUCCAUGAUGACAUGACUGUGAUUGUCGUGUUCCUCAAUUCAAAUCUUACAAGCAGGGUGAGCUCGAUCCAAAGUCCAAAGACGUCGAUUAGAGGUGGUGCUAUCAGUCUGCCUCCAAACUCUCUCGUGCCAUAUGCCAAGCUCAUACAUCACAAUAAUUCUUGAUUUCCUGUACUAUAGUAAAGCAGAUCCACCUACAUGACUCCCUUAGAGCGAAGUCGUUGUUGAUGAGAGCUGCUAAUAAGAUUAAGCAGCUCUUUGCCUGUUUAUAUCCGCUUCGGUACAAAUUACAUGAUGCGGCAAAUCAUUUCCUGCUUUCUAGUGCUCCUUGUUUAGAGGAAUGCAAUCUCUACGAACUUCUAGCUA